AUGGAUUAUAAAGAUGACUGUGAAAAUUUACCUGACAGUCGAAGAGUAGGAAACACUUCUAAAUCCAGACUAGAACGCAUAGAGUCGUUUCCAUUUCUUAAAUCAGAUUAUAAAUUUAUACAAAUUUUAAAAGAGUUCUAUCUUUCAUUUGAUUUAUCAGAAGAAUGCUAUAAUGGUCUAUUGGAAUUGAUUGACGAAUGUCCAGCAAACUUUCUCGUUGCUUUAUUAAAAAUAAUUAUCGACUUAUCGGAAGAGGAUGAUGUUAUAUUAAAUUCAAUGCUAGAUGAAGAAAUAUCAAGGAGGCUUACAAUGAAACUAGUUUCAAAAUAUCCUCAAACCAUUGAAGCAAACGUUUAUUUAUUAACUUUUUAUUGUAAAGCACUUGAUGAGCACAAAGUACAAACCAUUCCACAACCAGUAAUAGACUAUCCAUUUAUGCUGACAUCUUCUUUAUCUUCUGAUACAGUUCCUGGAUUUGAAUUUUCUGUUCAACCAAUUGUUCAACUCAAUAAAUUAUCCAACAAAAUGCUUGCAUCUAUGAUAUUGUCUGGAUUUAUUGAUGCCAAAGAAAGACUUGAAGAAUGUUUACAUAAAUUUUUAUAUUCUGCUCAAUCUCCAUUUGAAGAAGUCGUAUUAUCAGGAUUAGUAUCGAUAUCGAAUGUAUCUGCAACAUAUCCAGAUGAAUUCGGUACAAUAUUCCAAAGCAGUGAGUUUUUGCAUCAAUUAAUUAAAUUCGUUGGAAGAAAUCAGUCUGAUUGCAUACAAAUAGCAGCUCUUGAUAUAUUUAUCAAUUUAACAGCAGCAAAAGAUGAAAGAGCUGUUUGUUUCUUGUUAGAUUUAGGAUUUUUAGAUUUGUUGUCAAUAAGAGGUCGAAGUCAAGAGUUCACUGAGACAUUUUGUGAAUUUAUGCAAAAUGUCUUCUGCUGUGGCGAGUUUGUGAUAGAAAUUGCUCUUAAAUCCGAAGCAAUCGAGAAUUUGAUAUUUUUACUACAAAAUGGAUCACUUAAUAUAAAGGUCAAGGCAUCGUUGGCGUUCUCUGCGUUGAUGACAACAGAUUUGGCUCUAGAUUUCUUUUCAACUCAUGAAAUUUUGGAUUUAAUUUUCGAAACAAUUGAGUCUUUUGAUAAAGGACAGUUAGACUCGUUUUCUAUAUGCGCAUUAUCAUUGUUUUCAAAAGCUGAUACGGCAAAAAAUGUCCAAAUUUUGCAAUCUUUUUAUAACGAUGAUUUUAUAGAGAAUAUACAAGAAAUAUUAGAUGGAAAUUACGAAAAUGAGUAUCUCAGCAGAUUGGAGCACUUCUUGAUUGAAAGUGAUGAAAAAUAG